GGUCAAAGACAGUGAUUCCUUUUCUAAGACUACUUUACUGUACCUGCGAGUGUAUUGUGACCUAAAUUGCGAUCUUGCUGAUGCGUGAGAGUUUUCUAUAUGUUUUCAUAUGGCCGCAUUUUCGUUAAAUAUUCAGAAACAUAUAGAAUCAGGUCUUGUAGCUAGUGGAAAAUUUGAUGGUUCUCAUGCUUGUUUAACAGCUGUAACCUCUGGAGGAAAUAUUUUAGUACACAGUCCUCAUAGACAACCUCAAAUUAAGAACAAUGAUUCUGAGCAACCAGAUGGAAGAUUAUCUUGGAGUGGAGAACUUGCUGAAUUGCAAAUUGACAGUCAGGUAACAGCAAUAUGCACUGGUCAUCUUGGAGAAGAUGAAAGAGAUAUUCUUUUGAUAGGAACUGCUACACAUAUUCUUGCUUAUCACGUAGAAGAUAAUGCUGAUAUUUUUUAUAAAGAGAUGACGGAUGGUGCACUGUAUAUAACGAUAGGAAAACUUGGAUGGCUAACGGAUCAAGUAGCAGUCGUUGGUGGAAAUAGUUCGAUAACUGUUUUAGAUUCCAAGGGAACGGAAAUUUUUUGGACAGUGAUGGGAGACAUAGUUACUUCCAUUGCAAUAUUUGAUUUUGAAGGUGAUCAUGAGAAUGAGUUGCUUAUUGGGACAAAAGAUUUUGAAAUAAAAUUAUUGAAAGAAGAUGCAAUAGUGUGGGAUACAAAAGAAACUGCAUCGGUAACUGCAUUGGCAGGACUUUCUAACAAACAAUUUGCAUAUGCGGUGGGAAAUGGAACAAUAGGUGUUUACGAAGGUGGCCAAAGACUUUGGCGAGUUAAAGUGAGAAGUAUAGAUGAAAAGAUAUCUACAAUAAACUAUCUACAUCCAUUUUAUCUAUUUUAUUUCCAGUCUAAACACAGAGCAGUAUCCAUACGAAAUUUUGAUAUAAACGGAGACGGUGUGCUGGAGCUCAUUACUGGAUGGAGUAGUGGAAAAGUUGAUGCAAGAUCAUGUAAUACCGGAGAUGUCAUAUUUAAAAUACAAUUGUCUACUGGUGUAGCUGGUAUUGUAGAGGCUGACUAUAGAAGACAAGGUAGACCAGAUUUAGUUGCUGUAUCUGUUUCUGGAGAAGUACGUGGAUAUGCUCCUGGAACUGCAAUGGAUGCUCCAGAGCCUGGCGAAAUAAUGCGUGAAUUAAUGUCUAAGAAACAAGCAUUACAAAUGGAACUCAGACAAAGAGCUGCAUCGGUUCCAAAUAUGUAUCAUCAUACAAAGCUAGCAGUCAGUUUAAUAUCAGCUAGAGGUGCAGCUCGUCUUGGUGUUGCAGCAGGACCAGGUCUUUUGGUUCAUUGUGCCAUAGUAUUUGCAGAAGGUGUAUUCGAAGGUGAAACACUCGUAGCUCAUCCAAAUAGACCUCAAGGCGAAUUAGAAAUUGAAUUACGUCCUCCGAAAAAUGGGCCUAUCGAUAUUCAUGUAAAAAUUAGCGUUGGUCCAGCUGGUGCAGAUUUAUUACAGGUUUUUGAGAUGACAAGACAAUUACCCAGAUUUUGUAUGUAUGAAAUUAUUUCACAUCCAGAGGAAGCUUCUCAAACGGUAAUAGAUAGCGGUGUUACUAUGGAGGUUGCUGAGAGAGCACAGCGUAUUGCAUUAUGGUUGAAUCAAAGUCUUCUGUUGGCAGAGGAGUUUGAAGUCGCGGAAGAAGGGCCAAACGCUGCCUCGAUCGAACUUUGGCUUCGUGGAUUGAGAGAUAAUAAAGUCCAUUGCUUUACAGCAAGUCCUUCUGGAAAAAUAACGGUACAAACGGAAGACUCGACGUUCGCUGGUGAUAUAGUUCAAUCUUUAGCGAUGUAUUUGGGUCUUAGAGAGCUCAAUUCUGAAUCAAAAUUUCCAAACGACGAAAGUAAGAUGUUGGAAGCUUUAGAACGUGUCAAAGGUUAUAUCUCAUUAUUUAACGUAUUUUUGAAUAAUUCAUGUUACACGUAUCGAGGUCAUCAGAAGCUAAUCAAAGGUUUAAAAGACGUCGAUGCGAAACUUCAAGCGGAAGCUGCUAGUACUGCUGUUCUUCUUAAAAGUGUUGUUAUUCGCUUAGAAGAUGCACGAAUAUUGCAAAAUGUAGAGGAAAUGAGGAAGCGAUUAUUACAAUUGAAAGCUAUAAACAGUGAUCUGAUUAGAAAUCACGAAAUCAGAAUGAACAGUAAUCGAGAUCUUUCGAUAAAUUUGAAGGAAUUAAAUAUCGGCGUUCAACGAGUCGCAAAAUUAAGGGUCGGCAAAGCUGCUACAAAUGCAGUCUCACGAUGCAGGACUGCGAUACAAGAUGAAAAUCCAAAGGCGCUCCUUGCAGCAAUGCGUAACGGUUGAUUCCGACGCCUUAAGUAAGGACGAAUAUGUGGUAUCUAUUUUUCUGUUACUAUUGCUACACUUGAUAAUGAAGUAUAGUCUUAUAUAUACGUUGUAAAUCGGUAAGUAAGAUGCAAUUACGAUUGUGGCUAUUUGUGACUAUUUUGUGACGAAAUGUGUAUUUAAUUUGAAAGUAUUCCUAUGUGCGUUUAUUUGACUCGAUCAAUAAAAAAUCAGAUAAUACAAGGAAUGCUUUAUGAAAUGCAUAA